AUGCGGAGAGUUUUGGUGCUGUGUCUAUCUCUGGCGCUUGCUUUGGCAGCUGGAGCGGAUACUAUUAAUCCAGGGCUUGGAUUUUACAGUACCGCACAAGGUGCAAACCUCAACAAAGCCGUUGACAAUGGAGAAUACAUUCCAGACAAUAGUGGUGAUUACAUUCCAGACAAUAGUGGUGAUUACAAACCAACGUCAUCUCAGUUCAUCCCAUCGACACCCAGAUACAAUUUUGCAACCUCUACAGCGCCUUUCGGAUCUUAUAGCCCUUAUCAUUACUACCCUGGUGCAUACGAGUACAACUACUAUAGAAGAUACGACAACGACGGAAAAUACGACAACUUUGGAAGAUACGACCACUUUGGAAGAUGCGAUAACUUUGGAAGAUACGAUAACCUUGGGAGAUACGACAACCUUGGAAGAUACGAUAACCUUGGAAGAUACGACAACCUUGGGAGAUACGACAACCUUAGAAAAUACGACAAUCUUGGUAGAUAUGUCAACCUAGGAAGAUACGACAACCUUGGUAGAUAUGACAACCUUGGAAGAUACGACAACUCUGGAAGAUACGACAACUUUGGAAGAUACGACACCUUUGGAAGAUAUUAUCCCGGCGCUCAUAAUGCUGGUCACUACGACAAUUUCGGGCGAUAUGUUCCUCAACUCUCAGGAUUUUAUAACCUAAAUCGCGGUACUGCAGAUGUUGCAUACGUAACCGAAAAAGCUGAAACUGUCACACCAGCAAUGAGUACUGCCUAA